AAGGCUUUACUAAUAUUGACAUUCCUUUAUCGAUAACUAGAACAUUUGGCUACCCUACUUGUGUCUUCCUUGUCUUAAUUCUGGCUUUAGCAAUAUUAGCCUUAAUAAUUGCUUAAAGUUUUUUGUCCAUAGUCAUGUCAGACUAAUUCAUUGAUAAACAUGAUCUACUUUCUGCUAUUAGUCAUUGUUGCAAAGCAGAGCACAUGUGCAUCUUUUCAUGGCCUGGAUUCAUCUUGUUCUCCUUUGGAUUGUAAGGUUAAUCACUGGUCAUUGUGGUCCGAGUGUUCUGAGUCCUGCCUGGGAAUCCCUGGACAUCAAACCCGCUUCAGAAAUCAACUACAAGCCCACAGUUGUCAAGGUUUACCUUGCCCUGCUCUGAAGGAGACGCGUUCCUGUCUUGGUAAUAGAUGUAUGAACGAUGGAGUGCUGAAUAGUCAAGGAAAGUGUGUUUGUCGUGAGAGCCACACUGGGAAAUGCUGCAACGAUAGGGUUUUGGGUUGGGGAUCAUGGAGUAGCUGGUCACCAUGCAUCAAGACAUGCGGUGCAGGAUGUACAUCAAAAAGACGUACUUGCUACAAGGGGCCUGAAGCUAACUGUACUGGGUAUGGGGUUCUCAUGAAGGUCUGCAAUAAAGAACCUUGUCCUCUUGAAAAACUCCGCUUUGAAGGCCUGGGCUGUUUUGAUGAAAAUGAACCCAGAGCGAUUCCGAUCCUCGUAAAGAACCUACGACCGGAUCUCGAUUGGUGGCACUUAGAUAAGACCGUAAUUACAUGCGCUAAGAUGGUCAAACAAAAAGGAUGGAAGGUUUUUGGUAUCCAGUUUUAUGGAGAGUGCUGGAGCGGACCCUCUGCUUUGGACACAUAUGCGAAAUACGGAAACAGCUCUGCGUGCUGGGACGGUGUAGGACAAGAGGGAGCUAAUUAUGUUUAUUUUAUUAAGUGAUUACCAACAAAGAAAGAAAAAAGAAAGAAAUUAGAAAGAAAUGUAUAUCAGUAAUCCCUUAAGGCAUUUUGAAAUGUCAUUAAUUUUGAUAAUUAACAUUUUGAUAAGUCAAUCGGCAGCUUUAGGGAAUAAAACCUUAUAUUCCAAUUUUUGCUUUUCCAAAUUWAAAAAAAAAGGAUCCAGCCGAGCAUUAUAGCCAUGAUAAACAUUUUUUGCAAAAAAAAAGAAACCAUAAGAGAAGGAAAGAAAGUUAUGAAUCAAUUCUAAGCCUCUUGUUGGUUACUAGUUACUUCUCUCAUUUUUCUCAAACAUUUAGUAAAGCAAGAAAAAAGGAAGAGAGUACUAGGAAGAGAAGUGCAAUAGAAAGAAAGGCUCCCCCUGAUAUCCCAUCUCCCCUUAAUUCCACUAAGACCUAUAAGUCACACUGAAAAACAUUAAACAUUAACGAUAAGUAGUCA